AUGUCCUAUGACCGCUAUGUCGCCAUCUGUCACCCUCUGCACUAUGGGUCCACUGUGAGCCCCCGUUUCUGCACACAGGCGUCAUGUGGCUCCUGGGCCAGUGGGCUGGUCUAUUCUGCUGUCCACACAGGGACCAUGUUCAGUCAUCCCUUCACUGAGUCCAAUGUGAUUCACCAAUUUUUCUGUGAUAUACCUCAAGUUAUGAGCAUUUCAUCCCAGGCUGUGCAAUUUUCUGAGUUUGUGGCCCUUGCUGUCAGUGCCUGCUUUGUAUUACUUGGCUUUGUCAUCGUAUUUGCCUCAUAUGUUCACAUCUUUUCAGCCGUGCUGCACAUGCGUUCUGUGGACGCCCGGAACAAAGCUUUGUCCACCUGCUCCCCCCAGAUAGCUACACUCACUCUGUUUAUAAUUACAGGAUUGUUUGCGUGCUUAGGCCCUGUUUCAAACUCAUCAGGCAUUCAAAUCCUCCUCACAGCCAUGUUCUACUCCAUGGUGUCCCCCUUAGUCAACCCCAUCAUCUUUAGCCUGAGGAACAGGGAGAUUAAGUCUGCUGUGCAUAGAAUGUUAAAGAAAGCUUUCCAGUUCCAUAGAAGCGAUUUUGUUUCUUAA